UAAUGAUAUAAAUAGUUUAGGAAAGAUAGGGUACAUAAUGAGAAUAAUAUUAGAAGAUUAAGAAAGAUAAGAAUUUGAAGUUGAUGAAGUUCCAUUUAGGAUCUGGGAAUAAGGUAUUAAUACAAUAAUUAUUUAGUUGCAAAUUAAUAUAGAUAAGAGAUAGUGGUAAAAUCUACCAAAUAAUGAUUAUUAGUUACUAGAAUAACAAUUAUGGUAGACCAAUAUUGAUAAGGUAUUUCAAAAGGGUAACGGAGUACCAAAGAAAUUGUUAUAAAAAUUAAGGAGAAUGAAAAUGGGAAAAUCAAACAGGUAGUGCAGUAUUUGUUGUAAUAAUUUCUUAAAAGGUAAAAGUCUAUAUAUAUUUUAGAUGAAACAAUAAUAUAAUUACCUUGUAAACACAUUUUCCAUUAAUCUUGCUUAUUUUCUUGGUUUGAUCAUAGUACAAAAUGUCCUAAUUGCAGAAGUGAUAUAUUAGAAGCUUUGAAGAAUUAAGAGAAAUGAU